AUGAAUAGAAUUUUCGGUUAUAAUAGAGGCAAAUCUCAUGAUCAGCUAUUACAAGACUCUUCCAAGGCUAUGGAUCAAGCACAACAAGGUCUACAGAAUAGAAUAUCACAAUUAGACACACAAAUUUCUCAAAUUAAUUUCCAACUACAAACUUUACAAAAAAAAAUUGCAACUUCAAAAUCUACUCUUGGUAAAAAACCUUUAAAACAACAAGCUCUGAAAUUAUUAAAUAAAAGAAAACAGCUAGAAUCAAUGAGAGAUUCCAUGGAUAAUCAAGCUUGGUCCAUGACUCAAGCUCAAAUGACUUCAGAUAAUUUGAAGAAUACAAUGGUCACAGUAAACGCUUUAAAAUCUACAAACAAAGCACUCAAAUCUCAAUACGGUAAGAUCGAUAUCGACAAGUUACAAGAUAUGCAAGACGAAAUGAUAGAUUUGAUCGAACAAGGUGAUGAAUUGCAACAAGUAUUGGCUACGAAUACAAUAGGUAACGAUUUGGAAGAUAUUGAUGAGGCAGAUUUGGAUGCUGAAUUAGAUGCUUUGGCUGAAGAAGAUUUUAAUGUAGAUCCUACUGAAGAGAUAUCAACCGGUGCUGUACCUUCCUACCUUUCUAAUAAUAUUCCUGAUUUCAUUGAUGAAGAACCUCAAGAAGAAGAUCCUACAAAAGCUCUAGAAAACGCAUAA